AUGGCUGCAUCUUUAACUUAUCCAAUAAAAUUCUCGUCAACUGAUAAAGAUAAAUUAGGUAAAUUAAUGAAAGAGUUAAAUAAGAUAUCAUGGGAAGAUGGUGAAUAUUAUUUUCAUAAUUUUAUUGAUUAUUACCAAUUACCUCAAAUUGUACGUGUUGAACAAGGAUGGGAUACAGGUUUAGUUAAAGAUCAAUGGCUGUACCUAGAAACAUUAUUUGAUCGUUAUUUGAUUAAUGCUUCGCCGUUAUCAUCUAGUAAAACAAAUGCAUCAAAACAAAAAUAUCUUAUACCAGAUUGGUUUCAAGGUGAAUGUCGUAUUUUAUCUAAGACUCCAACACUUAAAAAACGUUGGUGGAUUUUUCAAGGUACAUUUGAAUUGUACCGCUUUGAUCUGCCACGUGCAAUAAAAGUCAUCGCUGAUACACCAGCACAUAUACGUAAGAAAGAAGCAUCAUCAACUCAUGAAUGGGAUAAAAUUGUUUUACGUAAAGGUGCUCGUUUGAAUGUUGUACGCCGUGAACAAUAUCAAUCACGUCUUAAAAAUGAAAAAGGUGAAUUACUUGCGAGUGAACCAAAAGAUGCAUUUGUACUUCAAGAUCCAGCAACUGGCCAUGAAUUUAUUUUACCACCGGGUGUCCCACUACGUUUUGCAACAUUAAUUGAAGAACAUGAAUUAAAUGAAAAAUAUAAAAGUCACGAAGGAACAUUCACGUUUCCAGAAAUAAUGAUGCGUUAUGAGUUUCCACUUGACGUAGAAAUAACAACGCAUUUACCUGCUGAUUUACCUGAAUUUAAGCCUCAAGUUAGAUUAGAAAAAUUCUGUGUUGCCAAAUCUCUUUUAGGUUUUCUUAUUGGUCAAGGUGAACCACGAUUGAUUGAAGUUUCACCAUUAACACAGUUUACGGUGCAUUGUGCCAAAUGCUUAACAUAUGGUUUACCACAGGAACAUGAAAAUAACCAAACAGAUGAAAAAAAAGAAGAGAAAAAAGAAGAAAAGAAAGAAGAAAAGAAAGAAGAAAAAAGUGGGAAAAAAAAAGAAGAAAAACUCGAUGAAAAAGAAUAUCAACGUUAUGAAGAUACAAGAAAUAAAAUAAAUAUUAUUUUUGAUGAAGCAGCUGAACUUUAUAAAAGUAAAAUUCAAUUAGCAUCAGCUGAUGAGCUUGAUUGUGUUGAAACAGCUUUUGAAAUAAGUGUGAAAAUGAAAACUGAAGAGGAUCGACCAUUGAGCAGUACUUAUUUACCAUUAGAAGAAGCAAUUCAAGUUGUUAAACAAUCAAAAGAUGACGUUCCAUUUCCCAAACCACAACCAGCACGAUUUACUGUUCAUGCUAGUGCUGAUCCAAAUAAUCCAUAUAAUGAAGUUAUUGAUUUUGAAGAUAUGGAUGCUCUCACUGAAGGUAUCGAUACGAAUAAAGCUGCAGAACCAAAAAAAGAAACUUCAAAAUCGAAAUCGAAAUCAUCAUCGAAAAGCUUAUCCAGCGAAAAACCUGAACAACCGAAAAAUCAAUCAACUAAACGUUCAGCUCUGGUUGUUCAACAAUUACCACCACCAAUGCUCUUACCACCUGAAACAUUCGAAAGAACUGUUAAAGCCAUACCUGACAAGCUCUAUACCGAUUUUAUUCCGGCUUCUGCUACAAAGAAAGCCGAUAAAAAAGAAAAACCAUCGAAAAAAAGUCACAAAUGA